GAGCUCUUCUCUUGCUUGUUUGAAGAAGUAAAUGAGAAACCAAAAAGAGAAAACACGAGGGAAAGUAGAAAAAAUAGGCUAUGUGCGUGUGAAGGUCUUGCUCGCGUGUGGAACAGUGCAUACACAAGUAUAUACGAUGUGUCAAUAGUAACAUUUGUCUUUAUUAUCACUACCUUGUAUUUCCAGUUGAAAGAAUGUGGAUGAUCCUUUCUUCCUCCCCUCAAACACCACAAAUUCACGAUUCAAUCACGCCACUAAGGCGUGGAUAUAAUCUCCAAGUCAAAUCCACAAGAACAAGAAUCACCUUCCCUUUCAAUUUCAAACUAAAAUGCCACCAACAAUCCUCUCUUAAACCCAAAACCCAAGACGAUGGAAUUCCCAUCGAAGACGUAAAAACGCUAGCAAAAUUUAAGUCGCGUCAUAACUACAUUCGUGUUCUAGAAGUUUCUAGAAAAGCAGACCACCCAUUCCGUGGUUCACGGCUUCUCCUCCUCGAUACACCCGGAAACAUCCACAGCAUUUCCUUCCUUUUCAAAACCCUAACCGAUACUUACUUCGACGUCUUCGCCACUCUCCCUCCGAUCAUACCUCCGGGACCUAUCGCCGUCCUCGGAUUCGGCGCCGGCUCCACCGCCCACAUUAUCCUCGAACUUUACCCCGACGCGGUGGUUCACGGCUGGGAACUCGAUCCCUCCGUGAUCGAAGUUGCGAGAGAGUAUUUCAACCUUGCAAAGCUUGAGAGGGAAAAUCAACAUAAGCUUUUUGUCUACGUCGGAAACGCAUUGACGGCGACUUUGGAAGGUGGAUUUUCAGGGAUUUUUGUGGAUUUAUUCUCGAAGGGGAGUUUGAUACCGGAGCUUCAGGAACCUGCCACGUGGGAGAAGCUUCGCACGUGUUUGAAGAAAGGUGGGAGGAUAAUGGUGAAUGUUGGAGGGAGUUGCGUGGAGGCUGAGAAUAAGUUUAGAGAUGGGAAGGUUGUGAUGGAAGAGACGUUGAAAGCCAUGAAAAUGGUUUUUGGGGAGAAGCUUUUUGUUCUAAGACUUGGGAAUCGUGGAGAUGAUAGUUCUCUUGCUCUUACUGGUGAUUUUCCUAAAAGUGAUUCGUGGAAGAACGCGCUACCAUCUUCGUUGAGAUGUUACGUUGAUUUAUGGACACCUUAUUCUGGAAUUUAACUCUUAUAUGUAGUAGGGACAUAACUGAUGAGGAAAUGGUCCAAACCAAAUUCACUGUAUCUUAGUUGUAGCUGAAUAUUUUAUAGCCAAAAUCAAUAGCGUAUUUUGUAGCUGAAAAUCUCAUCACCAUGCUUCUCAAUCGGGAAUUGUAUCCUCUAGCCAUAAAAUAAUUUGGCCAGCAACUUAAGCUUGGCGUAAUAUCCAUUUGUGGGUUACAUAAUGGCGCUAAUGAGAAGAAUGAACUCCCAUUGAACCUUGGCAGAAAAAAAUGAGAAGCCAAUGGAAGCAUGCUGGGUUCGCAAGUAGGUAUGAAGUGUAUAAGGAUAUUGCUUAAUGGAAGGUCCCUGUAGUUUGAUCCAAGAAUAAUCCUUUGAGGAACUUUUAUUGUCCCAUCAGCUUAGAAUAGGAUUGCAUUCAAUAGGUUUAGGCUCCUGGAGCAUCCUCUCUUGAGUGCUUGUGCUCGUGAUGCUAGUAUUCCUCUUCCUUUAGGUGCCAGAACAUCCCAUCUUAAGAUUGCCUGAUUAGAAUUCUUUUGCCUUUUAGCGCCCACGCAUCUGCUAACAAUCCAAUUUUAAAAUUUUGUAAGCGACUUGGCGCAUAAUGUUGGUAUUUUUUUUUCUUUGGUGGGGCUUAGGUUGUCUUUGAUGAUUAUUGGGCUUAGGUUGUCUUUGAAGAUUAUUGGGUAAUUUACCCAAUAUUUAAUGAGAGUUAGCCACAUAACUAAAUUUAUAAGUGGUACUAACUAAUUAAUGCGUACUCCACUUGCAAAUUUGCUCAUGUGAUUAAUUUUUACUGGAUGUUUGGAUAAAUUAUUCACAAAUAUUGAAAUGUAAUUUAGAAAUAACUUUUUCCUUCUGCUUGGUCAAA